AUGAAAACUCUGCAGUGGAAUGCGGAUGCCGCCAGAAAUGCGCAGAGGUGGGUGGAUGCAUGUCCGUCGGGGCACGGCAACACGAAAAAAAUCCCCGGAGUUGCGACAUGCAGCCAAAAUAUGGCUUGGACAUCGGGAUCAUCGGUGGACUGGGCGAAAGCUAUAGGGAUGUGGUAUAACGAGGUGGAAAAUUUCAACUAUUGUGCACCGCCAAAGGCCGGCAAAGAAGUGGGCCACUUCAUGAAUAUGAUGUGGGCGGAUACAUCGGUCAUAGGAUGCGCUGCUAAAAACUGCGGAAAAUGGACGAUCUGCGUAUGCAAUUACUGCAAUUCGAGAGGUGGGCCUGCUUCGAAGAGGUACUGCCCGUGGAAAAAACGACACUAUUUGACGGACAACAGUUCUUUGAAGAAUCUCCAUUAAUUAAAUCACUGUAUUCAGAUACACAGCAGCUUGUAGUGCGCAUUGCAUUAGUGCGCUGAAUUUAAUUUAUUUUGUUUGUUUCAUUUUGUUAUAGUAGCUUACCGAUUUAUGUUGUUCACAGUGAGCAUGUUAUGAA